CCACACCGCCCAUUCAAAGCAUCCUGCCCAGCAGUACUGUACAGCUUCAUUCAGUCUGCUUCUCACGGCCUGAAAACACCCACCAAUAUCGGAUUUUAACGACGCUGACUUUUAAAAAACUUUUGUACUUCCAUUGCCACGUGAACGUGUUUUAAAGGAAGUGAGGCGUGAAAAAAUGAAGAAAUAAAUAAUAAUAAACACAACGGGAUACAACGGCAGGGCAUACUGCAGCCCGCAGUAAACACUGUGAAACAGGGAGCACGUUCGUGCCACCGCUGUGAGGAGGAGCCAUGAGCAAGUUUAACGUCACAGAGAAGGCGCCCUUCUCCCUGGAGAUGGACGACAGGACCAAACCGGAGAAGUCGCACGGCGGCAAGAAUGACCGGCUGUCCUCGGCUCUUGGCAUGGGCGGCUCGGAGAAGGAGCCGGCCCCCAUGGACUCCAACUAUCAGGAGGACUUGGCAGACACAAAGCCAAAAAUCAGAUUCAAUUUGAACUUUGACAAGUCUGUCAGAGAAUCUGCGGGGAACAAAGACCGCCGGGAAACCAAGAAAUUUGACAUUAAGCAGCUGUUUGAAGCAGCAGCGAGUGGAGACGUCGCCCAUCUUCAGGGGUUACACGACUAUCUGCAUCGGACGAUGAAACACCUCACCAAUUCAGAAUAUCAAGAAAAAAAUGGUAAAAAUGUGUUACUGAAAGCUCUUCUAAACCUGAAGAAUGGUAGAAAUGACACCAUAGAAUAUCUCCUUGACAUUGCAGAGAAGAUGGGAGAUUUAGACAAGUUUGUCAAUGCUGCCUACACAGACAACUUUUAUAAAGGCCAGUCAGCCCUUCAUAUUGCGAUUGAAAGAAGGAGCUCCUACUUUGUGCGACUGCUUGUCCAAAAAGGAGCUGAUGUCCAUGCCAAAGCUUGCGGGAAAUUCUUCCAGAAAAAUAAAGGAGCGUUCUUUUAUUUUGGUGAGUUGCCAUUAUCACUGGCAGCCUGCACCAAUCAGCUGGACAUUGUGAAAUUCCUCAUGGACAACCCCUAUCAGAAAGUGCGCAUCACAGAGACAGACUCCAUGGGCAACAUGGUGCUGCAUGCUCUGGUCAUGAUCGCGGACAACAGCCCCGAGAACACCGAAUUUGUCAACAUGAUGUACGACGAGAUCCUCACCUGUGCAGCAAAGCUCCACCCCAAAACCAAACUGGAGGACAUUGAAAACCACCAAGGUUUGACUCCCAUAAAGCUGGCAGCCAAGACUGGAAAGAUUGGGAUGUUUAAGCACAUGAUGCAGCGCGAGUUCCAGGAUGCAGAGAGUAAACACUUGUCCCGCAAGUUCACCGAGUGGGUCUAUGGGCCCGUGCACUGCUCCCUAUAUGACCUCGCCUCCAUCGACACCUUCGAAAACAAUUCCGUGCUGGAGAUCAUUGUAUAUGGCAGCGAAAUUCCGAAUCGCCAUGAAAUGCUUGAUGUUGGACCUCUUGCCAGAUUGCUUGAUGAAAAGUGGAACAGGUUUGGCAAAUGGAUAUUCAACUUCAAUUUCUUUGUUUAUCUGGUGUACCUGAUUAUCUUCAGCCUGGUAUCUUACAACAGACAGGAGCAAAAGCCACUGCUUACCUUGGAGCAUACCCCCUUCGGCUACCUGUUGCUGACCGGCCAGGUCAUCUCGGCAGUGGGAGCCCUGUUUCUCUUCAUCAAAGGAAUCGUGGAAUUCAAGCGGAAGCCUAUGACGCUGCAAGCUUUGCUGUCAGAUGGAUACAGUGACCUUCUCUUUUUCCUGCAGGCAAUUCUCUUCUUCAUCACGGCAGCGUUGUACCUCUCUGGGAAGCAGGUGUAUGUGUCCUGUCUGGUGGUGUGUCUGGCCCUCAGCUGGGUGAACCUCCUCUACUUCUCCAGGGGAUGCAGGUCCUUGGGCAUCUACAGCGUAAUGAUUCAGAAGAUGAUUCUCAGUGAGAUUUUUCGCUUUCUCCUUGUCUACAUGGUCUUCCUCUUUGGAUUUUCUGCAGCUGUGGUGACACUGCUAGAUGAGCCUGUCCAUAAAGAGGGGCGGUUUGCUUUCGUCGCUGACCCUGCCGAUGGGGAAAAAGAGUUAUGCAAGAAGCCCACCUUCAAGAGCAUCCAGUUUGCCCUUUUGGAGCUGUUCAAGUUCACCAUUGGGAUGGGUGACCUGGAGUUCACCGAAACAUACAGCAACAAGGUGGUGUUCUACAUCCUGCUCAUCACCUACAUCCUGCUCACCUACAUCCUCCUGCUGAACAUGCUGAUCGCACUCAUGAACAAGAAGGCAGAGGACAUAUCCAAGGAGAGCACUAGCAUCUGGAAACUGCAGAGGGCCAUCACCACCCUGGACGUGGAGCGGACCUUGCCCCUCUGUCUGAAGCACAAACUGCGGUCAGGGGUGCAGAAGCAGCUGGGUGGGACGGCCGGAGAGGACAAGCGCUGGUGUUUGAGAGUAGAGGAAGUGAACUGGAACAAAUGGAACACUGACCUCGGCAUCGUCAGUGAGGACCCUGGGAGGUGUGAUUUCAGGAACCUCUCCCGUCCGGAAAGAGGGUAUGGCUGGCGACAAACUCUGAGACACUUAAGUAGGAGGUCACCACAUCAGCGCGACCUCGAGAUGACCCCCAUGACAACCAGCGUAACUCAUGAGGGUACAACUGUGUACCAUAUGCCGCCCUGAUGGAUAAACGGACCACCCACCACAGUAGUCACUGACGUCAGAAAAUAAACAUCUCAAAACGCUUCACUGUGGCAAAUUCUCAUCUGCUGACAAACAAUAUAUUUAAGCAGGAAACCUUUCACGUUUCCUCGAAUAUGCAUGAAAAAUGUCUGCAGCCUUUGUAUAUAAAUAUGAUUCAGGGUCUGUGUACGUAUUAUGCAUUGAGCAUAUUUGUUUCAUUGAAUCUGUUGACAUCUCAACAAUAAAAUGAUCCCAAAAUAUGACAAAUACUCGAUAAUACUUUCCUCUGAGAGGCCUUUUGUAUUCAUGAAUGCAUGACUUUAAAAGUACAGUAUUUUGUGAGAAGAAACCACUUGAUGUUGAAAGAGUUUGAGUUAUUCCUUUUUCCAUUCAAACAUUCCCCUUUUAUCACUAAAGUAUAAAAUUCUAUAUAUGCAUCAGUAGAUAUGAAUUUGAGUCAUUGAAAACUGACAGUCACACAGUGAUAAAAGUUACUGUUUGUUGAUUUUUAUAGGAUGUGUACUGCUGCAAAAAACCACUGUUGUUUGUAUCAGCCAGUCCUAAACAUUAUAAUGGAAGCUCUGCCACACAAAGUUGGGGAAAAUAGAUGAGUUUUGGUGUCCAUUUUAGGUUGCGCUUCUGCCAACUGUCAAUCACGCAUAUUUUCUGUCGCUCAUAUUUACCCAACUAUAUUUCCUUGUGGGGUGUCAUUAAAAUUUUCUCUCGUGCUUCACUUGA